AUGCUGCCUUGUCUUUUCGGCUGUGUGCGAGCUUGCAUUGUCUUGGUGGAGGAUGAUUCUUCUUUCGGGGUUGAUUUUUCAAAGCUCGGUGAUAACUUUUGGCAAACAAAUGGUGGCAUACCAAUCCACAGUAACAGUUCUUUGCUCAUUAAGAGGAAUUGUUGCAAUUUGACCCGGUUUUGA